UUUUCCGGCGUCGGGACGGGCAUAAGUGGCUAUGGGAAGGACGGAGACGUCGUCGGCGCGUCAUCCUCGUCAAACAGUGACGGGCAGCGUAACUUUCGCGACGGCAAGGCGAGCGGCGGCUGUUGGCGGCGAGAUGGAGCGGUGGCUGUUGGCGUGGCUGAGUGUUGCGCUAUGCCGGUCGAAGGCGACUGGUGGUGGCUAAGGGCUGUGCGCAACGGCUCUUCGAUGGGACGACGGCGGUGGCUCUCCGACGGGACGACGACGGCGACUCUCCGAUGGGACGACGGUGGAAGGCUGUGCAUCUUCAUGUUUUCCGGCGUCGGGACGGGCAUAAGUGGCUAUGGGAAAGACGGAGACGUCGUCGGCGUGUCAUCCUCGUCAAACAGUGACGGGCAGAGUAACUGUCGCGACGGCAAGGCGAGCGGUGGCUGUUGGCGGCGAGAUGGAGCGGUGGCUGUUGGCGUGGCUGAGUGUUGCGCUAGUGUGAGGUGCCGGUCGAAGGCGACUGGUGGACUGUGCGCAACGGCUCUUCGAUGGGACAACGGCGGUGGCUCUUUGACGGGACGACGACGGCGACUCUCCGAUGGGACGACGGUGGAAGGCUGUGCAUCUUCAUGGUUGGCGGUUGCGGCGGCGCUCCAUGAGUGGCCGAUGGCUGGCGUGCACCCCGUCGGCGUGUCU